AUGACUUGUUUUGGACAGCAACAUGCUUUGACAUGUGGGUUGACCAAUCAAUUGUUUGAGUUGAUUACAUGUAUGGCACUUAGUGUAAAGGUUGGAGCGAAAAAGUUCAUUCUUCCAUCGAUUUGCACGGAUGGAAAUUGGGGAUUAUGCUAUUGUAGUAAAAGUGAUCGAUAUUCCAAAUUAUUUGAUAUGGAACGACUGAAAAAGGUAGCCAUGGAAAGAUUUGGAAUGUCUGUCAUGGAAUAUGAAGAAGAGUUAUUGAAAGAUUCUUCUGAAGAAUUGUUUGCUCAUCUCGAUCAAACAGAAACUCAAAAACCCCUCGCCCAUGCUGCUGACAUUAUUCACAAAAAGGCAUUGGAGAAGCCAAACUUUUUAAAUCAUCAAGUUUUGAAUCUUGGUUAUGUUUGGGGUCGAUGGAGAGGUCUGAGUGUUGAGGAAGAUAUGCUCUACGUGUUAUUCUUUGAUUUGUUUGUGCCUUCCAAUAUUCCGAGAAAGAUUAUGGACGAUUGGAAGUUUAAAACGGAAGUGGAUUCCACGGGGCCCUUGAUUGCUAUUCAUAAUCAAAUUCACACGGCCAAACAACACCCUGAUGUUUAUCCAGGAUGUCAACGUACGACCAAUACUGAUUUCUUUUCCGUCUAUUUGAAUGAAUUCCAAUUCAAAGAUAAGGAUUACAGAAUUUUAAUGACAGGAGCUGGGUUUGAAUUGCAGUCAGCAGAUGGAUUGAAACUUUCAGAGCUCUCGACCAAUCACAAGAUUCAUGUCUAUCCACAAUUUGACAUAAUGAGAACAACUGCCAAUCAUCAAUUUCAUAAUUCAUUGUAUGCAUUUUGGCUAUCAGUUGAGGCUGAUUACUUUAUAGCCACCACGUGUGAAAGUCAAUUUUUAUCAUACAUCUUUGCCAUAAGAAAAUUGCUUGGAAAGCCAUCGUGUUCUGUUGCUGAUAUUUCAAAAACUUAUUAUCCCGAUUCAUAUCCUGAGAAAUAUCUACACAAUGCCAAUGGAGACGUGGCGUAUCGAUUUCCUCACCCUUAUCGCGGAACUUAUUACACAGUUGAAAAGUGCAAAUUUCCACUCGCUUUGUAG